AUGGAGUUCGUAAGAGUCAAUACAUUAGGAAUGAGUACUGAGAAUGCUUCAAAAAAUUGGGAGCUUACUUUGUAUGAAUUACAUCGUAAACCACAAGAGCCUAUUACCGAUGGAACAGUUAUUGCUGUUAGUCCACGAAGCUUAAAGAGUGAACUAAUGUGUCCAAUAUGUUUGGAUAUAUUAAAAGUGACUAUGACAACGAAAGAAUGCUUACAUCGUUUUUGCUCUGAAUGUAUUAUCACCGCUCUUCGUAAUGGUAACAAAGAAUGUCCAACAUGUCGUAAAAAGUUGGUGUCGAAAAGAUCGUUAAGAAGAGAUCCAAAUUUUGAUGCGUUAAUUUCAAAAAUUUAUCCAAGUCGUCAAGAGUAUGAAGCACAUCAAGAUAAGAUUUUAGCACGUUUAAAUCGUCAACAUUUAAGUGCAGCAUUGACAAGAUCACUGGAACAACAAUUAGGCUUAAAUGGCAACAACAAUACUACUGCCAAUAGUAGUAAUGGCAGUAGAUCACGAAAUUCAACCAACACUGGACGUAAUCAAACACUAGUCAAUAGUAAUGCUGGUAAUAGCGGAACAAGUGAAGUACAUGCAGAUGCUGGAAUAAGUGAAGAAGAAACACCGUCAAAUUUUAUCAGUAAUGGUGCUUGUUCAACACGACGUGUCUCAUCUACAUCGCAUCAAUUAACUAAUAAUUCCGAUACGGAAAGUGGAAUGGAUACAAAUUCAAUUGGCGAAAAUAGUUCUGUAUCCGAUUUACCAAUUUUACAUUAUCGUAAUAAUACAUCAGCUACUUCUUCUAUGUUCACUACAACUGCUGGCGGUCCUGGUGAUUCAAAUCAUCCUCAUACUCAAUACAAUUGUUCCAUGGAUCGUAGUAUUAUUAAUAACAAUAACAAUAAUAGUAGUAUUCUGCAUAAUAAUAAUUCAACUUCAUCUAUGUUAUCACCAUCCGUAUUUCCUGAAAUUGAAGUUUUAUUGAAACCACAUCCACGUUAUUCUUCGCAGUAUACCACUUCCACUGCUAUGGUGUCAUCUACUUCAUGUAGUCCAUCUACAUCAACAGGACAUCGUAAUAACAAUAAUGCUAACAGUAGUAAUGGUAAUAAUAACCCUAAUAGUAAUUACAAUGAUCAAGGAAAUGGUUUAAUCAAAUAUCUUAAAGCUCCGACAAUAACUACAGUUGAUCAUUUAUGUAGAUAUUUAACUGUACGUAUUAAUCUUCAAAGAAUAAACAGAGAAGUAUCUGAUGAAAGUGUUCGAUUCAUCUUAUACAGUUAUCAUGAAAGUACAAAUACUUAUCAAUUAUUAGAUUCCCAUAUGUCCAUUGAAGAAAUUAGUCGUGAUCAAUUUCAUGGAGUGAAUUGUCUUGAUUUAUAUUAUGCACGAGAUGAUAUCUUAGAUGAUAAUAAUAAUAAUAGUAAUAAUAAUAAUAAUAAUUGA